AUGCCGAAAUCAAAGAAGAAUGCUGCUGCUGCAUCGGAGAAGGUUUCCGGGGCGAGGAGGCCACGGGGAAGACCUCGUUCUUCUUCUGCUUCAAGGCCCAGCCGACGCCGUUCGGGGGCUGCAGUCUCUGAGGCUCCGCCGAUGCCGGCUCCUACGUAUGCCGUUCCUGCCGCACCUUUAAGAUGGACUGCCACCGGUCCAGGGAGGCCUGCCAAGUCCAGCUGCACCGCCUGUAGCUCCAAAGUUUGCCCAUGCAACAGCGCGGCUUUGGAUAUUCCAGCGCCGAAGCACGGUCGCUCCUCCCAGCAUAACCAGCGAGCCCCAUCUCUCGGUUUCCGACUUGCGUGUCCAUUUGCACACAAGCGCUCCGCAUUGGACUGGUGGAGGCACGUAGCGCAGAACCUGCCAAAAUGGGGACCGCCACCAACCCCUGACCAGGAGGUGACGCUACCACCGAGUCCGUCGACUGACACUACCCGGGAGGACCCACCGGCCGGGGUGGGUGGUCAGUUAGCCGAGGAGGGACCACUACCAGUUCAGACGGGGAAGGGGACACUGCCACCGGAGGCGACGGCGGCUGCCGCCCCAGAAGGACCGGGCAGCGAGGACGCCGGAUCCGAUGCAGAAUUGGCCGAGCCCGAAGGGGGACAGCCCUCUUCACCACCAUUGUGCUGGCUCCUGGGAGAGUCACCCGGGGUGGCCGGAAGAUAA